AUGGAAAACAACCACACCUAUAUCAAACAACAGAAAAAACAACCCAGAAUAACAAAACGAUCUGCCACAAUUAUGAACAACACCAAAAGACAAUCUACCACUAGAAUCAAUCAAAACAUGGCACAUCUCUACAGUAAACACCAGAGAACUCAAAUCAAACACAAAGAAAACUCUCCUCUGGAUGGACUGGAUCACUAA